AUGGAUCGGAUCAUAAGCGAUCUACCAGAUGAAAUUAUUAGGCUAAUCGUGAGUUUUGUUGCUGCAAAGGAUGCUGCGUCUUUGUUGGUUACCUCAAGGAUGUUUGGGAAUCUCUAUACCAUCAUACCAGAUCUUGAUUUCGAUUGCAAAGCUAAGUUUCAGGGGACUUUCACGGAUUUCGUGAGUGAAGCAAUGGCUCGGUUGGAAACUACUACGUGCAUAAGGAGGUUCUCUUUAAAAUCUGCAAAGGGUCUUCAUCCUGAUCGUAUCAACAACUGGCUACGUGAUGUGUUAAAUCAUCGUGGUGUCACGGAUAUUGAAAUUUGUAUAUGUGGUGGUUAUGGAUAUACAUUGCCUUUGGAGAUCUUCACUUGCAAGACACUCAAAAAGCUGAAACUAGGGCGGGAGAUUGUUAUUAGUGUGCUGCCUCAGAAUGCUUUGCUACCAAGCCUUGAGACUCUCGUUUUUGACUCUGUUCGGUUCUGUAAUCCCGUUGAUUGUGCGUUCAAGGCGUUUCUUUCGGCUUGCCCUGUGCUUAAGGAACUAAUCAUUGAUGAUAUGUGCUGGGAAACUUGUGAAUGGUCAGGCAUCGGGUCUAGUCAAAGUCUUGAAAGACUUACAAUUGGUCGUGAACUGACAGGUUUUGAUGGACCUGAUCCUCAGUACAUUAGUUUUGAUACUCCAAGUCUUGCCUACUUAGACUACUGUGAUUUUGUCCCGGAUGGGUAUACAAUUGUUAAUUUCGAGUCCCUUGUGGAAGCUAAGCUCAUUCUUCUUGUGAUGGUAAAUCGCCAAUGGGAUUGGGAGUUUGCAGAUGAUGGUGAUAUCUUGUCUAGCAAUGCAACAAAUCUGAUUCAAGGGAUCAGAAAUGUUCAGAUCGUGGAAUUAUCUCCGUAUACUUUCGAGACGCUUUACUUCUUCCGUGAGGCAAUUCCAGUAUUUGAAAAGCUUCAUCAUUUAACUAUGAUGCAUGAUGAUGCGGGUUUCUGUUGGAGAUUUCUUCCCUUUUUGCUAAACAAGGCUCCAAAUCUGAAGACCCUUGUUAUCAAGGGUGGAUUGCACUGUCUUGAACCUGACGAUGCUGAAGAAGCUGACUUUGCUGAAGAAGCUGACUAUGUGUGCGAGUGUUUGUCGGGAUAUUCUUGUCUAUUGACAUGUCCAGUAGAGGUCUUGGAGAUAACUUUAUGGUAUGACGGGACGACUGGUGAGUUGCAGCAAGUAAAACAUUUCUUAGGAAAGUUGCCACGUCUGGAGCUGCUGAAAGUUUAUACUUGGAGAAGAAUAAGCGAUAGUGAGAAGUUAAGAAUCCACUCGGAUCUUCAUAUGUUUCCGAGAGCUUCAUCCAACUGCAGGGUGAAGAAGAAGCUCAGCGGCUACUUUAGGUAA